AUGUCGAAAUCGUUUGACGACUUCAUCAAACAACAACAGCUGGCGCAACAGAAGCCGCGGGGGUUUGGUUACCAGUACGGCUACAAUGGUGGCAGUCCUGGCUACCAAUACCUGGGGCAAACCUUCGUGCCUCAAGGCCAAUAUGAUAUCAACCAAAUGGGCCAAGGGUCGCAAUACAACUCUCAGCAAUCGCUGUACGUCAACACCCCUGCUGAAUCGCGGCUGAACACCCCGGGCCCGGGUGAUCUGACGCUGCUGUUGGCGCUGACGAUGCUGAAGCUCAAGCUCGACGUCCCGUUCCAGGAAGAAUUGGAGGAGAUCUUCAACGCCACCAAGAUCGGUGACGUCAAGAAGCCCGUGGAACUGAUUGUCAACCAUACUGAAAGCCACGGCCUCCAAGUAUUGGAAACCUGGAAGUUCACCGACGUGCUCAAGGCGUUGUUCAAGCUGAAGAACCCUGUAGUCAGAGAACUGGGGCUUUUACUCAUCCAACAACUUGCCCGUAAGUUUGGUGGCGCCACCCCGCAAGAAGCUCACCUUGUGCCGUUGCUCGGUAGCGCUUUGGACAUGUUCGCCGAUAAGGACAAGAACGUCGUCAAGGCGGCUAAGCAAGCCGUGGACUCGUUGUACGGGGUGUUCCCCAUUGAAGCCUUGGCUACGGUUGUCAUUGACGCCGUGCUCAGUUUCUUGGGUGGUCUGGCCAAGUGGAACCUGAAGCUCGCUGCUCUCGAUGUCAUUGACCGCUUGGUGGAAGAUGUCCCCGCCGACUUGUUGGAAAUGCAAUUCAUCCACGCCGUCCCCGUUCUUACUGACUUGGCUACUGACUUCAAGCCUGAAUUGGCCAAGCACGGGUUGAAGCUGACCAAACAAUUUGUCAAGGUGUUGGACAAUUUGGACUUGGUUAACAAGUAUGACAUCAUCGUGGAAACCUUGGCCAACCCGCUGAAGAUUCCCGAGUGCAUCAAGAACUUGUCGCUGGUGACGUUCGUCGCCGAAAUGACCGAACCGGCAUUGUCGUUGUUGACUCCCAUCUUGGAAAAGUCGCUCAAGAUGUCUCUGAGUUCCAACGAUCAAUUGCGUCAAACGGUGAUGGUGACGGAAAACUUGACUCGUUUGGUCAACAACAAGCGGGAAAUCGAACCGUUCAUUGGUAUCCUCAUGCCCGGUGUGGAGAAGGUGGUUAACCAUGCCUCGCUUCCCGAAGUGAGAGACCUUGCCGAAAAGGCGCUUGCGGUGCUUAAGGAAGCUGAAGCUGCUGAAGGCACUUUUGCUGGUCGUAUCUCGGUUGACGAAGCUCGUGAAUACGUCCCUCUGGGCCACGACGAAGCCGAAUCGCGCUACUUGGCCACCAUCAUCGCUGCUGACGCUAACGUCAACGACUGGACUCGUCUCACUGAAUACCUUCAACUUGUUGGUGUUGAUGCCGACACCGUGCUGCUGACUAUCGCCAAGCUCAGAGCUAAGUUCAACUUGGUGGUGGAACAGGAAGAAUUGGGUGAGAACGAAGUGGAAAUCGUCAACACUGACUUCUCGCUUGCCUACGGUACGCGGAUGCUUUUGAACAAGACCACGUUGAGACUUCUUAAGGGUCACCGGUACGGUCUCUGUGGUCGUAACGGUGCGGGUAAGUCCACUCUUAUGAGAGCUAUCCUGAAGGGUCAACUUGAAGGGUUCCCUGCUCCUGACGAACUUAAGACCUGCUUUGUUGAACACAAGUUGCAAGGGCUGGAAGCCGACAUGGACUUGGUGCUGUUCAUCGCGCUGGACCCCGAACUUCAAGGGCUGACUCAAGACGAGAUCCGUCAGGCUCUCUUGGACGUUGGUUUCCCUGAAGACCGUUUGACCAACAACGUCGGGUCGCUUUCCGGUGGUUGGAAGAUGAAGCUUGAACUCGCCAGAGCGAUGUUGUUGCAAGCCGACAUCCUCUUGUUGGAUGAACCCACUAACCACUUGGAUGUCAACAACGUCAAGUGGUUGCAAGACUACCUCACCACCCACACCGACAUCACCUCGCUUAUUGUGUCGCACGACUCGGGGUUCUUGGACGCCGUGUGUACCGAUAUCAUCCAUUACGAAAACAAGAAGUUGGCGUACUACAAGGGUAACUUGCUGGAGUUCGUCAAGAUCAAGCCCGAAGGUAAGGCUUACUACACCCUUACCGACUCUAACGUGCAAAUGCACUUCCCGCUGCCCGGUUUGCUUGUGGGUGUCAAGCUGAACACGCGGCUGGUGGCGCGGAUGAACGACGUCACCUUCACUUACCCGGGGGCGGCGAAGCCCUCGCUUAAGAACGUGCUGUGUCUGCUUUCGUUGUCGCUGAGAGUGGCGGUGUUGGGUCCCAACGGUGCGGGUAAGUCGACCCUCAUCAAGCUUUUGACAGGUGAAACCAUUCCCGACCUGGGUACGGUGGAAAAGCACCCUAACUUGCGUAUCGGUUACAUUGCUCAACACGCUUUGGAACACGUCGAACAACACAAGGAAAAGACCGCUAACCAAUACUUGCAAUGGCGUUACCAAUUCGGUGAUGACCGGGAAGUGUUGCUUAAGCAGCUGCGGAAGAUCUCCGAAGAAGAAAAGGAACAAAUGGCGAAGGAAAUCGACAUUGCCGACGGCAGGGGGCCUCGUCAAAUCGAAGCGAUUGUCGGUAGACAAAAGCUCAAGAAGUCGUUCCAAUACGAAGUCAAGUGGAAGUUCUGGUUGCCCAAGUACAACUCGUGGGUGCCGCGGGACUUGUUGGUGGAACACGGCUUUGAAAAGUUGGUGCAAAAGUUCGAUGACCACGAAGCCCUGAGAGAAGGGUUGGGUUACCGGGAAUUGGUGCCGCUGGUGAUUCGUAAGCACUUCGAAGAUGUUGGUUUGGACGGUGACAUUGCUGACCACACUCCCAUGGGGCUGCUUUCUGGUGGUCAACUUGUUAAGGUGGUGAUUGCCGGGUGCACUUGGCAAAAGCCUCACGUGAUGGUGCUUGACGAACCUACUAACUACUUGGACAGAGACUCCUUGGGUGGGCUUGCCAUGGCUAUCCGUGAGUUCAAGGGGGGUGUGGUGUUGAUUUCGCACAACUCGGAAUUCUCGUCGGCGCUUUGCCCCGAACAAUGGCACAUUGAGAACGGUGAGUUGGUGCUGAAGGGUCACGUCGAAGUGGCGGCGGAUGCGUUUGAAGACGGUGGUAACAGUGAACAGGCGGCCGCGGCCGCCGCUGCCGCUGCCGCUGCUGCCACCAAGACCGAUGAUGCUUCUCCUGCUAACAUCAAGGUGAAGCAACGGAAGAAGAAGAUGACCCGUAACGAAAAGAAGGCUCAAGCCGAACGCAGACGUCUCAGAUACAUCGACUGGUUGAACCUGCCUAAGGGUACCCCCAAGCCCGUCGACACUGACGACGAAGACGAGUAG